CCGGAAGUGAAUUACUUUGUGCAUUUAUAAACAAUAUACAUGAUAUAUAAAUAGCAGUAAGAUGUACACGUAGACUAAAAAUGGUCGAUUCCUGGAAUCCUAGCUUCUCUGAUAGCGAUUCGGAUGAUAAUCAGAUAUAUGUUGCCAGAGAUCCCAGAAAAGACAAGCAUUUUGAUCGUAAACAAGAAUUGCUGUGGAAUUGCAAAGGAAAAGCCGGUAAGGUAGGACAAGGGAAAGAACCAUUAGUGAUUGCUGUCAUAGGACCUCCUGGAUGUGGAAAAUCGUCAUUUCUCAAUACCAUUUUUGCUGCUUUCAGCCAUGAUCAGUGGACAGAACGUGCCAAAUAUGGAGAAUUCGGUAGGAGAGGGAAGCAAGUAACAAGAAGACUGACAAGUUUCAAAAAGAAAGACUACUACACACGUGACAGAUAUGAAGGAGACUAUCUUUUGCCAACUUUUCUUGAUAUGACAGGAUUUGAAGAUGAUGACGAUCCUUUGAAUACAGAACUUUUAAAUAUUAUUUUAUGUGGUAAACUGAAAGAAGGGGAAGAACUUCACAAAGUAAUAAACCAUGGAAAAAAUUUUGAUGUUAAUUCCGUUAAAGAAAAGUAUUUUGGUGGAAAAUAUUUCGGUAUAAUUCCAAAACAUGAAGGCAUGCCAAAUCUUUUAGAUUAUUUCGUCAUUGAGAAUAGGGAAGAGUAUCAUCGAGUUAAUCGAGUUUUUGUUGUAUGUUCUGCAAACCCUGAUCAGCCCUUACCAGAACACCUGUUUGAAGCCAUCACUAAUAUAACCAACAGAGAGAGAGAUAUUACCUUAUAUGGUGUACUAACGCAGGCAGACAAAUACAAAUCGAGAGAUCCAAAAGUUUUGAAGAGAGAAAAAGAAUUUAUGAAGGCGCUUGGAAUUCCAAAGAAUCGCUUCGCAAGAAUAAAGAAUUACUGUCCGGAUAUAGAUCCGAAUAUGACAUAUGAAGAUAAUAUCAUACCUUCUUUAGAUGUACCUGUAUUACGGCUCAUGAGACAGGUUUUGACUGCAGAACCAACAGACCAGGACGACGAGCAUCGUAAAACUAAGAAAGGGAAAUAUGUGCCUAAUCUUUCCAACCCGUGUGUGGCAUUUAUAGCAGCAGCAGUUAUUGUUGCAUUCGUAUUAUUUGUAUUAUUUAAAUUGUUUGUGUUUUUUUUAAGAAUAUAAGUUGAUGUGAAUUGAAUAACAUGGACAAUUUGACACUCAUACUUGAUUGUUCUAUAUACAAAUGUGUGUAAAAGACAAUAAUAGAGAAAAUACUGUCUAUUUUCUUCUGUUUAUGUAUAUGCUAUGCAUGUACAAUUCAAACUUUAGAAAAGUAUAAAAAAAAAACUGUUAAAUUCGUAAUCUUUCUUUUGCAAUGAAUAAAUCCAGCAACAUACAAAUCUUUGUGGAAUGUAAGUAAAGAUUUAGGACAUACAUUUACGUAUGACUUACAAAAUAAAACGUUUUUUCAAUGGCA